AUUUGUGUUCCCACUGUCUUGAUUACAAAAAAAGCCUUCACUCUUUUGGCGCUCUUUACAAACACUGCAGUUUACACGCCAACCACCCAGCGGUCACCAUUAGCCCGUGAUUACCACGUAUUCUAAUAUAUCCUCCACCUAUAUCUACCUUUGAUUAACGGUGCCCUCACAGUCGGUUGAGAAUUGCCAAUAAGUUGAUGAUACCCCUCCACGCCUAAUCGAUCACCUCCCCCUCUCACACGCCUGCUAAAUUUCCACUUACCGCCACGUCUUUAUGUCCGAACCACGCAAUAAACGGCACUCAACGGCGUACGACGAGCGGCUAGAUAGAGAGCUCGACUACAACCACGGCAGACGAAAAAAGCCCGCGGCAUACCUGCGAAAAGAGUAUCCCCAAAGAGAACCCUCGUCUGCCCCCGGUGCCAGCUAUUAUGAACCAAACGCAGGCGCUAGUACCUCCAGUAACCCGCCGAACCCCAACCGCACAUACAACCGUAACCACUCGCGAUGGGAAAACUCGAGUCGCCGCGAGUAUUCGAACCAUGCAAGCCGCAACUACUACGACCUGAAUAAAACUUCCGCGCCCCGAAAUGACCGAGAGAGAUUCAACCCCGCUUACCCCAGCACCGCUAGUGCCUCAUACGCCAAUACCCCGAACUACUACAGCUCGUACCAGAACUCAUACCCCUACCCCGCGUCCAGCUCAGGCUCCAGAGAGCGAGAGACUCCCGGUGCCAAGGCCCCGUAUCCGAAGCGAGACGAGUACCGGAGGGAGGAGCUGUUGCCUGCGGCGAAUACAGGCCCCGCCAGCUUCUACGGCCGUAACGAGUAUCGUCCUCGCGAACGCCGUCGCGACGGCUCCUUCAAGCGAGACCGCGAAACCCACAGUGCGGAGAAAGACUCUUAUUACCCCAAGAACGAACGUGACGUGUCAAUCCAGGGCCUCUCGUCCCAAAGCUUGAAAGACAUUCGGGACAUUAGAGAGGCACGAGAACAGCGAGUCUUGGCGAAGAGCCGAGGCGGUUCUAUUCCUCCAACCAUUCCGACGGCGGUUACUCUGCCAGAGACGGGUGUAUAUACCUCUGGCGUUCUCGAGAAGCGGAAGCGCUCCGACCUGAACUCUAGCCAAAACGCGUCGGUCAAUGCCGACUCUGACCUCUUCCAGGCUCGCAGAAAUAGCAGUGGCUCGUCAAAGCCGGCUAAUGUUAACGGGCACGAGGCCAAGAGGAGUCACCACGAUACCCAUAACCAGGGCCACGGGCAAGACGGUCCGAAUAGCGAGAAUGUCUAUUCUACAGCUGUCCGGGAGGGCCUGCAAGACCAGCCUCAGGCUGAACCCGAAGCGCCCGAGAAGAAACAUAAGGCGCGAUAUGAAGAGGGCUCAAAACACAAGGAUAAGCGUGACUAUGGCACACAUGCCAAGGACAGAGACGAAGACCCCGAGAGGAAGCACAAGAAGGACAAGAAGGAUAAGAAGAAGAAACACCACGACAAGGAGCACAAACUGAAGAAGGACAAGAAGCGUGAAAAGAAACACAGAGCUGAAGGGGAGGUGAAAAUCGAGGAUGCUUCUGCGGAACUUCCGACGUCUGACACUGUGGCUGAAGUCGGUCCAGAUUCGCUGGUGGCUGUUUCUGCUGCCGUUCCUACCCCCGCCUCUGUUGUUUCCGAUGCUCCGCCGGCUAGUUCAGCUGUCUUCGAGCCUGGUGCGAUUGCACAUGGUAGUCCCAUCGCCGAGGGGCUUCGGUCGGAGGACAAGUCUACGGCCGUAGCUGAGGUGGAAGCAUUCGAAAUUGAAUCUCGUGAACCUCCAACUCCGGGUAUUGAGGUCAAAGCUAAGGUAGAUCUCGUCCAGGUGCCUACCUCUGUUAAUGAGGAAAACGUGGAGAUGGAAGCUAUAGAUGACGUGAAGAUAAAAGACGAGCAGACCGGUGAAGGAGCACAAAGCCACGGCUUGGUGAAGCCGUACCUUGAAGAAGAGGGCUCGGCUGUGGUUUCUCACACCCACGCUCGUACCACCGGCAUUGUGUCUGAGCCUCUUGUUGCCGCGGAUACUACCAAGGUCAAUCCGAUUUCCGAACUACUCCCUUCGGAGCGUAUCCUAGUCCCCGUCUCUGCCGUCGAAGCGUCCUUGGAAGCACCAGUGCAGGUUAUAGUCUCUGGUUCUGAACCGGCUCUUCUUGAUGCUGCUCCUACCAUGCCUGCGAUACCUGAACUGACUGCCAAUGUCAAAGCAGCUGACCACCCACCCAUUUCUACCGAACCUAUGAAGCUCGAGUUCACCUCGUCAGCUAGUCCGGUACCGGAAACUGAUAACCCUCUUCCCUCUUCGCCUCCUGGUGCCCCCUUCCCGCGAACGUUCCUCGAGUCACAGUACUAUAACAUGAAAUGCCGGUUUGCCUCUUCCCCCCCGUUACCGUACCUCCGUGCUACCCCAAUCACGGAUCUCAACCAGUACCAGUUUGUUUCCCGCAAUACCCUUAUCCAUAAACAAGCCGGUCACUCUGUGCUUCUUAAGCAGCUCUCCCGCCUCCGUCUGCGUGUGUACAACCACGGCAAGCUACUCUGGUACCAGCAAGGUAAACAGGAGAACAUCUGGAAGCGCCGGUGCGCCAAGAUGGAGGAGCAGUUGAAGCUUCUCCACCCAAAGGAAGAGGAGCAUCUCAAGAACCAAAACAGCACCAGUGCUGGCACCAAAACCAGUCGCCGAGCCCGCCACCAAGGCGAUGCUGUGCGCACGGAGGCAGAAAUGUUGGAGGUUAUCGCCAUGCUAGAACAGGAGGAUCCUAUCUACCGGGCCGAACAAAACGCUGCUGUUAUCCCGGACAUGAUCAUGGACCCGGUCCUCCGAGACAAGGUCCACUUUAUGGACUCGAACAACAUCUGCGAGGACAAGCAGGCGUGGGCAGAGCGCUACAAGACCGACCACAUCGACAACUUCACCCCGUUCGAGCAUGAAGCCUUCUGCGAGGCCUACCUCGUGACGCCAAAACGGUUUGGGCGCAUUUCUCAGGUUAUGGGCGGCAUUCGAACCCCCGAAGAGUGCUGUUUACACUACUAUCGUACCAAAAAGACCACCACCAGCUACAAGCAGUUGCUUGCGACUAGGAAUAAGAAGGGAGGGAAAAAGGCUAAGAAGAAGGUGACGACAUCCAGGCCGUCAACCAACCCCGUGACUCCGUCUGGCUCCACGCCUAGCACCCCCAAGGUGGAGAGCGGGAUGACUUUUGGGCCGAUUCCGGGCUUGGAUAUUGCUCCGGUUGCUGUUGAGUACAAUGAGAAUGGCCGGUUGAAGCGGGCUGCCGCGACGGUGGGGCUAGAAGAGAAGAAGGUUGAGCCCCCAAAGAAGAAAGGACGGAAAAAGCGUGAAGAAAACGGCAAAAAUUCAAAGAUUGUCCUUACGUUGCCGAAGGAGGAGAUUCCACCGGAGGCCGGUCCAGAGGUUGGGCUGGUGCUUCAGCCUGAGGUCCACCUCGGGACCGGCUAUGGUGAAUUGUCUGUCCCUGAAAUACAGCCGAGACCUGAGGUUCCUCUACAGCCAGCAGUGGGGAUCAAACCCGUUUCCUUUUUGGAUGUUCCUAUAACCGCUGGUCCUCCGUCCCCUGAGCCUAAGCGUCGGUCGCAGAACUCCAGUUAUUGGAGUGUAUACGAGAUGAACUUGUUUCCCACGUUGUUGGCGAAAUACGGCACUCAGUGGGACCUCAUUGCCCGUGACUUGCAGACAAAGACCGCCACGAUGGUGAGAAACCACUUCCAACGGCACGGUGAUAGGGAAGACUGGACCAAGAUUGCCCAGGUUGCUGACAGAUCUUCGUCUGCCGUUCUGAUUACCUCCGCCCCAGUCUCUGGGGUGGCGCCUCCGAACACCACUAACAGUGCCUCGCCCCCUGAGACCCAUACCUACGGUACCCCCCACGCUGCAUACGCUCCAUACCCGGCAUAUUACCAGCCGCCAUAUCUCACCCCCCCUCUGGGCUACUUUUACGACCAGAAACGCGAAAAUGAACGCAUGCCAAUUGGAAUGGGAACGUUUUACAACUACAACGCGCCGGUUCCGAACCCUCUGCCUGCGUACCCACCGGUAAACUCAGUGCGCUCCCUCAUGAACGAAGGACCGGCACCGCCACCUCCAGUGGAGGCCAAGAAGCCAACACCGUCGUUCUCUGUCAUGAGUUUGCUCAACCCUGAGUCUAGUCCUCAGAAGCCAGCUAAGCUUCCUGUAAGUUCCAUCAGUCUGUUAUUGAACGAACCCGCUCCGGCAACGUCGUCCAAAAGUGCUUUGUCGUUUAUCACCGAGCCGCCGCGGUACAGGCCGUGGGAGACCCCUGCUCGCCACGCUACCGCGAUCGAUACGUUGGGGGCCGUGGCGCUUCCACCGUCGCAAGAGCGUGGCUCCACCCUUCCCCGGCCGCUGAUCCUCAAUCCUCCAUUAGAUGAGCCCAAAAAGUCUGGUUAAUGUGUGCACUUUUAUCUCACGCUGGACCUGCUUGAAGUUUUCUGUGCGUUUUCCUUGGAGCUUGUAACGUUGACAGUUUUGUUCACGAUUUUGUUUAGGGUGUUUAAUUUUUUUUCCCUCUAUUUUUGGUUUUCGGCGGUGCUUCAAGGUUGCUUUUCAGUUUUCGUAUUUUCUGUUACAACGGUGAAUGAAUAUAUUUGUUAUGUUUGCGAGAGUGUUUUUGGAACUAUUGUUAGGUAUACCUGCUAUGGCUAUAUACUGCA